AUGUUCAAACCGUCUCAACCCAUGCUGGCGCGUCUGCGCCUGACCACUAAGCAGGUCAAUGGUGGUUACUAUAAAGGUACCCGUACAGGGUCGAUGGGGCACUUCGACUCCAAGGGCAAUUAUGUGAUCGACUGGACGAAGGUCCGCACUUAUGUUGUUCCUGAAGGUCUUGAUACCUUCAAGGUGAGCCCUUCUAACUGGAAUAAUGCGCUUCCGUUUGAAUGGCUGUUUCUAACCACGAUCGCGCAGCUUACUCCAUUUGUCACCAAGCGCAUGAACCCAACGCCGUCCGCAUACAAGAAAGAAAUUGAACGAAAUGGAAGGACAUACUCCACAAUUGACGGCAUGAAGGGCACGGACUACCUUGAGCAAUGGUACUCUAGUAACCCAGAUGAGGUUCUUGCGCGUGAAACCGCCGAGCAAGAGGCUGUCGAGGGGUUGAGGAGCCCUAAGCCAUGA